GCUUGUAUCAAUAAAUAGAUGUCUUGGAAGCUGUCAAAAAAAUUUAGAAAUUCAACUCAGGGAAUUUCAUCUAAUCGAGAAUCAUUAGGAUCUAUGAACUCAGAUAAUACGAUUGCGCAGAAGCCUUUGCAGGAUGAAGAAUAUGUAGUUAGACCUGGGAUUCUUUCUGUAACAGUUGUGGAAGCAGUAAACUUAAGUCUUCCUCCUGGUAUUUCUUCACCGGAAUCAUCUUCUGCAGAAAGACAUUAUACAGUUAAUGAGAAAAAAGGAUCGCAGGACCGUUCUUUAUUUUUUCCAUAUCUUGUUCUUGAAUUUGAUAAGAAUCAAGUUUUGGUUGACGCUUUGGAUGGAUCUAGUACGAUAUGUCAUCCUCGAUGGGAAUAUAAAGUAAAUUUUGAUGUUUUGAAGCCUUCCCAGCUUUCUAUUCAGUGUUAUUUACGUUUAGGUCAAAUACAAAAAGGACAUGGUUCCGGGAAUCAUAUAUAUUUGGGCGGAAUAAAAUUUAUUCCUAAUUUUUCUGAAAUUCCAUUUAAGGAUGAGUGGCUGUCUAUGCAUGGUGGAACUGGGCAAAUACGGUUACAAAUUUCUUACAAGUCAAAUAAGAGUUCUCCUAUUACAAUAGAUUCGUUUAAAUUACUUAAGGUUGUAGGUAGAGGAUCAUUUGGGAAAGUAAUGCAAGUUCGAAAAAUUGAUACAUCAUGUAUAUAUGCUCUUAAAACGAUUAGAAAGGCGCAUAUUGUUUCGCGAUCAGAGGUAAAUCAUACUUUGGCUGAACGUACAGUUCUUGCUCAGAUCAACAAUCCUUUUAUUGUUCCUUUAAAAUUUUCAUUUCAGUCGCCUGAAAAACUAUAUUUGGUUUUAGCUUUUGUUAAUGGUGGCGAGCUCUUUUAUCAUCUUCAGCGUGAAGGACGCUUUGAUCUUGAGCGUUCUAGGUUUUAUGCUGCUGAACUACUUUGCGCAUUGGAAUGUUUACAUAGUUUUAAUGUGAUUUAUCGUGAUUUAAAGCCCGAAAAUAUUUUAUUAGAUUACAUAGGUCACAUUGCUUUAUGUGAUUUUGGUUUAUGUAAAUUAAAUAUCGCUGAAUCCGAAAAAACAAAUACAUUUUGUGGUACUCCAGAAUAUUUGGCACCCGAGCUUUUAUUGGGCCAAGGAUACACUAAGGCAGUAGAUUGGUGGACAUUGGGUGUUCUUUUAUAUGAAAUGCUUACUGGGCUUCCUCCAUUUUAUAAUGAAAAUACAAAUGAAAUGUAUCGUAGAAUCUUGCAAGAUCCUUUGCGGUUUCCAGAUGAUAUUGACAAGGAAGCAAGAAGCUUAUUGGCUGGACUCUUAACACGUAAUCCUGAAAAGAGAUUGGGGAAUUUGGGUGCGGCAGAAAUUAAAUCUCAUCCUUUUUUUUCAAGUAUUGAUUGGAAAAAAUUAUAUGCAAAAAAGAUACAGCCUCCUUUUAAACCGAAUGUGGAAAAUGUUGCUGAUACAAGCAAUUUUGAUCAAGAGUUUACAAAUGAAACUCCUAUUGAUUCUGUUGCUGAUGAUUCACAUUUAUCGGAAACAAUUCAGCGGAAGUUUCAAGAUUGGAGCUAUCAUGGAUCAAAUGUAAUUGAUAGCUGUAAUAAUAAUAUGAUUAGUGAGGGUUUAGAAAGUGUAGUGGAGUAAAUAUUGAUUAAAUAUCUGAAACAUACUCUAGGGAGAAAAGGGUUUUAGUUAUUUCAUUUUCUUUUUUACUUAUUUAUUUUGUCGUUUUCGAUUUUUGUAAGUGUUUUAGAAUAUUUUUUGGGCUAUUAUACGAAUUAUAUCCAGAAUUUUUUUUCCCAUAA